UGAAGGCCAUCGUCGCUGUCAAACUCUUGUCAGAUUUGCAAAUCUCUUUGUCAAUACAUUUAGAACACUGCGAAAAAAGUGAAAAAAGGAGUGCUAUUCCGUCGUCGGUUGCUUUUUCGUCUCGGAAAAAUAUGAUUUUUCCCUCGAUUUUUAGUUCAAAAAUAACGGUGUUCCGGUGAAAAAUAUGAAUUAAUCAGCCGCCAAUCCAGCAGCAGUGGAUUCAAACGAAAUGGAGUUCAAAUAUGCCAGCUGGAUCGUACUUACCGUGGGAGUGUCCAUCAACAUCCUCGGACUGUUUUGGUUCAUCGCAAUCCUAAUUGGUCUGGUUGGAUUUCUUAUCGGGUUUCUGACCAUUCUUUAUCUGCAACAUGGAGAUUUGGACAAGUUUCUCGACAGUGGAUUGCUGGAAAAUCCUUUAGACGAACCGAAAACUCUUGGUCUUAGCAUUGUAUGCGACCAGAAGCCCAGUAGUAUGCUAUUGAUCUCACCUAACAUUAAAGUCCAAACUGAGUCCCGAAAAUCCCGGUUGCACGCGUUGGCCUCCUCUGAGCAGGGCAAGCGACGUAACCUGCUGGACGCCGGCAUCGAACUACUCUUUAAGAAACGAACCGGUGAAGGGACGUCCCCUUCGGGCAGCAACGGAAGUACUAGUGGAACGCAACAGACCAAGUCGUCGGGCUCGGGCCUGAUAACGGAUAACCUCAUGCACAAGGGCCAUUUGCACUUUCACCAAAAGGAUUAUAAAAUUCUAGAUAAUGCACCGCCAACGGCUUCGGCACGGGAGCAACAUGGGAAACUGCUGUCGCCGAGUGAAGAAAAGCCGGGCCGAUGGAGACCAUUUGAGAACAUCAAAAUUCAUACGGACAAGGGAAAGACUAUACAGUUACAGCAGCAAUCACAUCAUGAUGGUGAUCGGUUGCAGAGGAGAAAAGAUGUGGGUGCCGUUCAAAUGGGUGAGGAAGUGACCACUGGUGCCAGUGCAUCGCCGUUAGCAUCAUUCAAAUCUUACAUCACCCAUCCGGAGAUCCUUCUACACCGUGACUCCCCUCCUGGAUCUCCGAAGAAGAAAAAAAUUCUCAGCGGAAACAAAGCCGUCGACAAGCUGAUCCACACUAUCGUAGAUUACGUAAUAAGAGAUUUCAUCGACUCGUGGUUCACGGCCGUUUCGGACAGUCGCGAGUUCAGCGAAACCAACAUCCGUACCAGUAUAGAAACCCUGAUUCUCAAAGUGUGCCAACGGGUGAAAUCCGCCGAGCUGCUUCCCCUGAUGACCACCAAGCUGAUCGACGACUUGGCCCGGCACACCCGAUUUUACCGGUUGGCCACUCAGGAAAAUAGCUCCAAGCAAACCAAUGGAAACGAUCCGAAAAGACUGAAGAUUCACGAGAAGCUUUCGCCGCAAAAGCGGAACCAACGUGGAAAUGGCCAUCGGCGAAACAAAAGCGAAACCGAUCUGACGUGGCACCUGGGGAACGCGGCGCUGCAGAAAAACGUGGCCAAUUCCAAGUUCUACGGCGUGCAAGCGGAUGAACAAUCGUUGCUCGAUCCGGAUACUAUGCUGUUGAACUCGUUUUUCGGAUUCUGCGAUGACUACAAACAACAGUGUAUGGAUGAAGAAGAAAUGCUCGAGUACUUCAAAAGCAUCGCGGAAACAGUAUUAUACUUCACCCUUCCCGAGGAAGAUUUCAACUGCCAGACGCUGCGAGCCCUGCUCAGCAACAUCUUAGCGAACAGCCUCCUCAAACCGCUGGUUUCAACCCUAACCGAUCCGGACUUUAUAAACCUGCAAAUUGCCAAGCACUUCGCCAAAGAUCCACCAAGUGGAGAGUUUCUGCUGAAAAUGAUCCGCCAGUCGCACGAUCUGUCGGAGCUGCGAGCCUGUCGACAGCUAAUAACCAAAGAAAUGGACGAAAAGUAUAAGAUUAAGAACUCCGGUGCCGAACUGGCCAGCCUCAAGUACACCCAGAAGUUGAUCGAUUUGCGCAUCAGCCAUCUGCAGAGCAACAAGAGUGACCUGGGCAAGACGAGCGAGCUGGACCGGGGAACGCCUAAUUUGCUUCAUCUGGGCCUGGAUAUCAUUCUGCGCAAAGAUCUGGCGGUCUCGUACUACCUGGAUUACCUCAGUGUGCUGAACUUGCAAAAAUAUGUGUUGUUUUACUUAACUGCUCAAG